GCGCUCAGGUACCGUACUGAUCGCUUCGAUGACAAGGCCGCCAGUUACUGUUCGUGCACGAAUGCGACGAAAUACUCGUACGUCUUGGCGGGUUUUCGCUCGGAGCUGCGCUCACGAGACCAGCUCGACAACGAGAAAACGGAGGUGACGUUUCUAAGAAGAGGAAACAGUGAACGUUCGACGAUAGACGAGAGGGACAAAGACCAGCAUCGACAGACUCGCAUACAAGAGACAUCGACUCACGGGAAACCUGUCGAGCACCUGAAGUUGCAUUUUAGUCCAACUUUAGUAGCGCUGAUAGGCGGACGAUUCGCAGCUGAAUGAGGCUCAUGGAACCUUUGGGUGUUGCCCCGGAUGUGGUGGAGACGGGCGCAUUGAAAAAAUGGUCCGACUUCCCUGUCCAUCACCGAUUCACAGACUACUCCAAUUCCAUUGGGGAACCAACUCAUCAUACAAUAAGUCCCUUUCCAUGUCAACCAGCACUUAACAACAAGCUUGCGCUGUGGACUGGAGAUAUUUCUGCUUUGCAAGUAGAUGCAGUAGUAAACUCUACCAAUGAAACAAUGGAUGAUAACAGUCCUAUGUGCCAAAGAAUAUUUGCUCGGGCUGGUUCAGCACUUAAGAUGGAGAUAUUUAAUGAAAUCAAAGAAUGCAAAACUGGUGAAGUAAGGGUAACGCAAGCCCAUGGAUUACCUGCACGCUUUAUUAUUCAUACCGUUGGACCAGUAUACAAUGUGAAGUAUCAAACAGCAGCUCAAAAUACAUUGCACUGCUGCUAUAGAAAUGUUUUACAAAAAGCACGAGAGCUUGGUCUGCGUACGGUUGCUCUACCAGUAAUUAAUUCUGUACGAAGAAAUUACCCUCCUGAUGCUGGAGCUCAUAUUGCACUCAGAACUAUAAGAAGAUUUUUGGAGCAAUAUGGCGAUUCUGUUACAUGCAUUGUGUUUGUGUUGGAGCCAUGUGAUCUUGGUAUCUAUGAAGUUCUUCUUCCACUCUAUUUCCCAAGAAAUUUAGCAGAACAAGACAAUGCAUGCUGGCAACUACCAAACGAUAUAGGUGGAAUAGAUGGAGAACCUUUACUCCCUGAUCGACAAAUUAGAAUCAUCGACAAUCCUCAACAUGCCCUGCAUGGCGAUGAAAGCGUUGAAUUGUCUGCGCAAUUAGAGACAUCAGUGAAUAUUGGUGAGCAUGCGUUUGCUCAAAUGCAGGGAGACUUAGAUCGACAAAGGCUUCUCGGAGAAAGGCCACCAGCCGAUCCACUUGCAGAUAUUAUGUUGAAACAAAUGCAACAGAAAGAAAGGUACGAGAGGCUCCUCAGGAGAGCAAAGACGGAGGAUCUGUCGGAAGUUUCAGGGAUUGGCUGCCUCUACCAGAGCGGAGUCGAUCGUCAGGGUCGACCAGUCGUCGUGUUCGUCGGCAAAUGGUUCCCGGCCACUAAAAUCAAUCUGGACAAGGCUCUGCUGUACCUGAUACAGUUACUGGAUCCCAUUGUCAAAGGCGACUACGUUAUCGCUUAUUUCCACACGCUAACGACUAGCAACAACUACCCCAGCCUGCAUUGGUUGCGCGAAGUGUACAACGUGCUUCCCUACAAGUAUAAGAAGAACCUGAAACACUUCUACAUUAUCCACCCGACUUUCUGGACCAAGAUGAUGACGUGGUGGUUCACAACGUUCAUGGCUCCAGCCAUCAAACAGAAAGUUCACAACUUACCAGGAGUAGAAUAUCUUUACGAAGUGAUGUCUCCUGACCAGCUAGAGAUCCCAGCUUACAUCACGGAGUACGACAUGACGAUAAACGGCAUGAGGUACUACCAGCCAGACCCAAUCCCGUCGUCCCCAUCGACGUCUACGUAACUCUCCGACUCGGCCUCCCAGCCAGCGAAGCACUGGACAGAACGAAGCAGUCGGAUCGACCGUUCCGCUCGAUAGUACGGUGUCCGUAGUGGCGCGCGCGUGUUCCAUCGUGUACCGACUACCGUAUGCCGCAUCUGCCAACUCGGCACGAUCAUGCUCUGCCGAAAUCUGCCAAAGAAGGCCAGCUACCGAUCGAUCAGAGACAAUCGGUUCCCCGAGAGCGGCUAAAAGUGCCUGACGACGGACGGAAGACGCCGAAGACUGGAGGACGAUGAAUGGUCGAUACUUCGCGCGACAACUGUUCCCCAAUCGGUUGCUGAAGAGCCAAGAAACCACUGCCCAUCUGUUUGUUUCUCGCCACGAAUCGCGUGCUCUUUGUCAAAGUAAAGGAGGUUCUUUCGGUUCUCCACGUUCCCUGUGAGGAACGUUUGGUCGUACGUUGGUCGAUGCUGGACUCUGUCGAGACACCGAGGAAUCGAAUAAGUCGAAGAUUGAGGAGGAUAAGGAAUGAUUGUUAUUCGCGUGCUGCGUGGAUAUCGGCUGCCAAAACGCCAAUAAUCAGUAUUCUCGUCGUCGUUGUUACGACGAAACGUGAGAUGUUCUUAUAAAUAGCUAGCUGUUGUACGAUUUGAGAAUGAAGAGAAUGGAGAGAAGGUGGGAAAGGGCGUCGACGACGAACCGUAGGAUUAAAUGACGGCUUAAUAUGAAAAUUGUCGAUCGCUUUUUGUUAUUUUCUUAUCCGUCGUUGUAUAAUGGAGAUCUAUUCGAUUAUUGUACAUCGUAUUUUAUUAUGUCACGUCGUUGAUGAAUGAGGCGCGGCCGCUGGCACGCGGUAUUUUCGAUAUAUAUAGAAGAAAGGGGAUUAAAAAGAUGAAGAAUGCUAUGUAACGUUGCAACUCCUUGGCUGACAGGAAGUAGAGAGCGGUUGGUUCCUUCCGUGGCGCUACGGCUUCGGUUCUUUGGCGUGGAUCAACGAAUCCAGCGUGUGGAACUGAUUAAUUUUAUGUGCUCGUCGAGAACACGUGAUUUUGGGUUGGUCGAUGAUAAAUCGGUCUAAUAUCGCCGUAGAGUCGUUUAUUUUCAUAUUGUUAUCUGCAGCUGGAGUUAAACGAACUCUAAUGACACUCGAUAGAUUUAUCAUUGCCGUGAAUAAUCGAAAAUCUCAGAAAAAUUCAAUGGCUGAGUGCCGAGGUCGUACUCGCGGUUCAAUUCUAGAUUAGAUGAAGCAAUAAACUCUAAGAGCUUUCUCGCGACCUAUAUACAUACAUAUAUAUACGCACGUAUGUAUAUAUUUCGUGGGACAGAAUCGUUAUACUCGUUGUUAAGCAUUUUUAGACGCUCCAAGUGGCGAAACAAAGUGUUGAUGAUAUCGCGUUCGUAGAUGAUGUCAAUUAGCCCAUUUCUCUCAGAUCUCUCAGCAUUAUUUCACAUUUAUAAGGAUCAAUUCCAACCAGGAUCAUCCAAAAAUCGAGUCAAACAAUUACCGUCUUUCUGCGAUUGAACGAACCAGUUAGAACAAUGGGUUAAUUGACCAUACCUCCGAGUCAGAGAUGUGUAUCCACGUUAUGAUUUUUCGUUAUUAUUAACUCCAAAUAACCCGAGUAUGCUUGAUCGUUGAAAUACCUUUUUAUUACUUUUUAUUGCGUUGGUGAUGUUCUUUGACGUUAGAGUAGCGUUAGGAUAGCGUUUCGUUGAAAUAAACGUGGAAUGAAAGAGAUUAAUCAUCCAUCCUAAUGAAAAAUCAUUUUAUUUGCUCGUUAUUUCUUUUUCUCUAACAAAGAUCGUACCUUCAACAAACAUUCGCUUUCCUGAUACAGAGACACGUGCACGAGUCCCUUAAAAUACGUAUCUUACUCUUUCUUUUAAUGGUAUAUUGCGUAUGAAAAAGGUAUUUUGUUCAGUGUAUCAUACGUAUCGACUUUCGGAUCAUUCUCGUUGGUUAAAAAUAUGAUUCAACGGAGCGGUUGAACUAAGCGAUUCUGCUACAUUUGCACAUGCUGUCUGUGCAUUUGCAAUCAUGAAUGACGUACAACUGCAUGUGCUAUUUGCGUAACCUCUUGAUAAACUUUUACCAGUAAUUUUACUGCGUGAAACUGUACCAAACAGUCAGCGGAUGGAAAUAUCGUGCAAAAUUCGUCUUGAAAGCGUUUCCUACAAACCUUCCAAGAUCAGUUUGGAACAUUGACUGCUCUGUGGACCAAUGCUUUUACGAUUACUUUGGAUACUUUGUAAACCUUCGUCUACUUAUGUCUCCCUUCUAAUCGACAGUCCUCGCUCGUUCUUCGAAGAUCAGAAAAUAAUCGUGGUGGGCAUCGAGAAACCAAUGCUAUAGCGAUUUGUACACGUUAGCGUGAUAUUCGUCUCGUGUCUCUGUUUCGAACUUAUCUUCUUUAAAAAUGCGUACACGUGACACGAGUGACGCGGCCAUGAUACAUAUUCACGAAUCACUCGUUUUGGUCAAUCAGACGUGUCGCGUGACGAUGCUUUUCUGCAUUUUGCGUUGAACGACCUCACUGUCCGUCCCUGACAAUCGUUUAUAGUAAGUAGCCAAGCGUCGCGCAACGUGUCGUCCGAACAACCUCGUCGCUGUUUGUUGUUUUUAAGAAAGGAACUUAUCGAUUGUUGAGUACGAUUUGGACGAUCAGACGUUGCUCAUGUCGCGGCCAUGUAAUCGUGUUGAAGCAGAGAGUUGAUUCGUAUGUGGAUGUCGUAGAUGUGGCGAAGAUUCGUGACAAUAUGCAACUACUGUGUGCUUAGUGGGAGCUGAGAUUCUAUCCGUACCAUUUAAAGUCCUAAUCUAGUCAAAUAGAGAUCAAAUGCUGUCAGACACUGGGAUCGUGAUAACUUUACAGUGUGGAUGAUUCGUUAAUUUAGUUGGUGACAAGUGUAAAGACUCGAUCAAAGAAUCUAGCUUCGUGAGUGGAUUUCUUGUAAAGAAACGACUCGGAAUGCGCAAGUAGACAGUAUGAAUGGACUUUGAACCGCCUUCUUUUGAUCUGUUGAUCGACUGCAAUGGGACUUUAAAAGGGACACCUGAGCAUUAGGCUUUACGCUUAGAAGAUAAUCUACGGCUUGAAAAUGAAAAAUAAUAAAAAGAAACUAAGUCGAUAUCGUUGUUCCCUCGCUUUUAGGGGCCUCGAAACGGAAACGGGCAGACCGAGCGAGAAGAGCUUGUAAAAUUGCGUGUGGCGGUAGCGUUUUCGAUCGGUGCUGUUGUUCACCUUAGAAUCCCGAGAUUCACGUUUACUUUCCGAACUUUUCUGCUCGUGCACAGUCAUAGGCAUCGGGAUCGAUGCUAAAUUCGUAUCACGCUCGAACAUUCUCGAUUGUGACUCGUUGAGCGAAUGAAGCGCAGAGUGAAUUAAACAAAAGGAAACCCGAUUCUGCGUGAGAAUACACGUUGAAAAUAUGAAAUGAAAACUUUCCACGGGAAACUUCGUCAAAGGGAAAACAGGAUAUAAAGGCAUACGUAUUGUUCUCUAUUAAAGAGCUGUUAUAAAAUUUAUUAUAAACAAAAAUAUAGAUUUAAAGAGCCGUUUUGUCGGAAACGAAGCGAAGGUCCUCGAAAGAAUCGAAUCGUUUUCGCAUUUUCGAUAUGUCUUUUCACGCGACCGGGGGAUCUACGGUAGAUCGUCGCGUAGAUCACCCAGCGAGAUAACAUAGAAGCGACAUUGUUCUACUAAUCGUGCUGAAAUUAAUUGUUAAAUGCGUUCCACUAAUCGCAAAUUUUGCUAAUUAAACGGUAAUUAUAGAAUUAAUCGUUGAACGCGGACUGCGUUAUUGAAGGUGAAUUUUAUAUGAGGAAAAAUAUAUAUAUAAUCGAACGGUGAAUCGUUUAACCGACGUACUCUUCCGUGAGAAAUGCCGGAUUAUGAUUUAGGGGUAUUUCGGUCGGUUUACAUUCGAUUUCGUGCGAAUUUAUACUUGCUCGUUACUCUUCCUUCUGAGAACUGUUAAACCUGUUUCUCGUCAACGAGAAACCAGAGGAUUUCUUUUCUUUUAAGCGAAGAUUUUUUUACCAAACGGGAAUCACAACCCGGUGAGAGCCGAGAUCGGAAGCUUCGGAAACUACACGUGCAUUAUUGUAUGUAUACGUCGUACGCAUUACGGUAUACCGGUUAAACUAAUUGUAAUUGUUGUCGCGAUGGUAAUAGAUUCUAAUUAAUCGAGGUAUAUUUUUCUCUCGGUGCCGAUGCACGGCCUCUAACAGGUGCACACCUUGCCCUUUCGUCUGUUUUUUUAUAGA